CUCAACCGUCUCUCUCCUCAUCGAAUUUUCUCUCUCUAAAAUAUUUUCCUCUCCCUCUCUUCUAAUCGAUUCCAUUUCCAAUAAUGUCUUCCGCCGCUGAUUCCGUCAUCAUCUCCGAUGCUCCCGCUGCAGCGGUGGCCCAGCCAGCUGAGAACGACUCCAAGGCUAAGAAAGCUGCGGCAUCGAAAGCAUCGAAGGCUAAGAAACCAUCUGGUGCGAAGAAGGCUAGAUCUUCUCCGACUCACCCUCCGUUCCUUCAGAUGAUUAGCGAAGCGAUCGUUUCUCUGAAGGAGAGAACCGGCUCGAGUCAGUACGCCAUUACGAAGUUCACUGAAGAGAAACACAAACAAUUGCCUUCCAAUUUCAGGAAGCUUUUGCUUGUUCAUCUCAAAAAACUUGUCGCCGCUGAAAAACUCGUUAAGGUUAAGAACUCCUAUAAGCUUCCAUCGGCUCGUUCUAUUCAAGCAAAAGCCGCAGCAGCAGCAGCAGCACCAGUCACCGCCAAGAAGCCUGUAAGCUCAAAACUCAAAGCAGCAAGCAUCAAGAAAGCCGCCGUUGCCAAAUCGAAAGCCAAAACUGCUGCGAAACCUAAGCCGAAAGCUGUAGCGAAGCCGAAGCCGAAGACAGUUGCUAAAUCCAAGACCGUCGCGAAACCAAAAACCGCCGCGAAGACGAAGGCAGCUGAGAAGGUUAAGAAGGUUGCUCCGAAGCCUAAACCAGCAGCCAAGGCAGCGAAAGUAGCGAAAACACUGUCGCGAACUUCGCCAGGAAAGAGAGCCGCACCGGCGACAAAGGCGAAGAAGGUAGCGGCGAAGAAGCCAAAGACGGUAAAGUCGCCGGCGAGGAAAGUCCAGGCAAGGAAAGUCAAGAAAUGAAUUAUGUGUUUAGGGUUUUUGAUUAAUUUCUAGGGUUUUCUUAUUAAUAGUACGUAGCGAUGUAAAUUAGGGAUAUGAUAUGAGAGAUGCAACCGCUCGUUGUUAUACAAUAUUUUUAUCAAAUUUUAGUUUGGUAAAUUCUCAAUGGUCUAUCUUCAAAUCAGUCUUUUCUUUUGAAUGAAUUGAAUGAUCAUCUCUUUGCUUCUGGUUUA